UGUCUGUCUCUCUCUCUCUCUAAAGGUUCGGUCAGUCAUGGAGCAGAGUUUGGACACCUGCCCGAUAAUAUCACAGUUCUGGAAGGAGAGAGCGUCACUUUGAGGUGCAGGAUCGAGGAGGAGGUGACCCACAGGGCCUGGCUCAAUCGCUCCAACAUCCUGUUCACGGGGACGGACAAGUGGACGCUGGACAGACGCGUGACGCUGGCCAACAACAACGACAGCGACUUCUCCAUCCACGUGGACCGAGUGCAGGUGACUGACGAGGGCACGUACAUCUGCACCUUCCAGGCCAACAACAAGCCGCGCAUCACCUACGUCUACCUCAUCGUCCAAGUGCCGGCCAGAAUCACCAACAUCUCCAAGAGUCUGACGGUGAACGAGGGGGACAACGUGGUCCUCUUCUGUAUGGCUGUGGGACGACCUGAGCCCACCACCACCUGGAAAGACCAGGAGUACGGGUUAAUGAGUGAGGGCGAGUUCCUCGACAUCACCGAGAUCAAGCGGCAGCAGGCCAAGGACUAUGAAUGCAUCACCAACAACGGAGUGGCUCCGCCCGACCAGCGCAAGGUCAAAGUCACAGUCAACUAUCCUCCCAUGAUCACUGACAUGAAGAACAUGCCAGCACAUUUGGGUAAGACUGCCAUCCUGCGCUGUGAAGCCAUGGCGGUGCCACCAGCCUCCUUCGAGUGGUACAGAGACGACCACAGGCCUGUAGAGAGUGACAACACCCUGAGGAUCAAAAACGAGAAGACGCGCUCGCUGUUGCUGUUCACCAACGUGACAGAGAAACACUUUGGCAACUACACCUGCUUCGCCUCCAACCGUCUGGGAGCCUCCAACGCCAGCAUGCUGCUGUUUCGACCGGGUGCCAUACAGGGGCGAGGGACAGCUUUACGUGCAGGAGCGAGCGUCGCCGUGUGGUUUUCCCUCGUUGUCGUUUUUCUGCUGAAGGUGUAAAAAAAAGAAAAAUAGAAGAUCGAGCUCCAUCUGGAUUGUCCCUUAAAGUCAGCCCCCGGCCCCCAGCCCCGCCCUCCUUUAUCCCCGCCCCCGCCUUCUCCCCAACCCUCCCCGUACGGAAGGAAGAAGGAAAUGAAAUUCUUUAAUUACGAACCCAUCACUGUGAACAAAAAGAAUAUGCAUUAUUCCAGGAGCCAUCGCAUCACACACACACACACACACACACACACACACACACACACACACACACACACACACACACACACACACACACUCACACAGUGUCCUCGAGUCAACCCGAGGUCAAUUCAUCAUCAUCUCUCUCUCUCUCUCUCUCUCUCCCAGAAUGCCUUGCAGAUCAGUCUGACUCGGUACUCACCACCCCCACCUAGCUCCGCCCUCACAUAGUGCGUGUAUAUUAAUGAUGAUUGACAGAUAAAGGAUCGAGUGGACGAUUCAUCGUUGUAAAAUAUUUCACACAGACUAAAGACUGACCUACGAUGUUUGCCUUAUGGAAAUUACUUUACAUCCAAUCACAGUGUUAUUAUGGACGAUGAUGAUGAUGAUGAUGAUGAUGUG